AUGUCCUUCCCAGAAGAAGCACCCAAAGAGAACAUGAACUUGGUGACCAACUUCACCUUUUCAAUCCUGCCUUUGCUGGAUCCUGCAAUGGAAUCUAAUGCAACGUAUAAUGCUUCCAGAUUCUCAAGCAACAGUAGCUAUAUUCCAGAAGAUGAUAAUUUUUAUAGGUUAAGACUGACUGUGUUUCUAAUAUUCACUCUUCUCGUUAGUCUUUUUGGAAUGGCAGUGAAUGGAACCGUCAUCUGGAUUCUUGGUUGUCGUAUGAAUAGAAAUUCUUUCACCAUCUACAUCUUGAAUCUUUCCAUUGCAGAUUUUACUUUGCUAACAGUUCUGGCACCACACAGUAUAUGUUCAAUUCUGAAUUUCUUUCAUUACAUGGACUACACUGUUGUUUUGUUUUCAUUAUUAUCCAGCCUUUUCCUUUUCGCCUUCAGUACAAGCCAAUUUCUACUGGCAGUCAUCAGCAUUGACAGAUGUAUUUGUAUCUUUUUCCCACUUUGGCAUAAGUGUCACCGGCCACCACAUUUGUCGACCAUUUUGUGUGUUGCGGUCUGGAUCCUCACCUUCCUAAUUUCUGCUAUUGAUUUUGCCCUCUUCCUCUCUAUUCAGUAUGCUGAGAUAUGGUACCAUCAAUUUCUCCUGAAUGCUGUGCUUUGCAUGCCAGCCAUCUCUAUCUCCACAAUAGCCAUGUUGAUUAAAGUCUGCUUCAUGUCGCCACACCUGAAACAGAGGAAGCUUUUAACAGCUAUCUUGUUGGCCCUCCUCUUCUUCCUCUUCUUUGGAUUUCCAAUGAAUGCCUUCAGAUUUUUCUUCAGAUAUCGCAUUCCUGCUUCAUCCUAUUUUAAUUUCUAUGCUUUAAUGGGUGCAACUCUGAACAGUGCUAUUAAUCCUGUCAUCUAUUUCCUAGUAGGAAGAAAUAAGAAGACUCAGUCUAGUGGAAGACUAAUGAAAAUAUUGGAGAAGCUUUUCCAGGAGGGGGAAUAUUGUAGGGAUGAAACAGAAUCCACACUUGAAACAUGCUUAUGA